UAUGCGGGUUGCUCCUGCGGACUUUGCUGAGGAGUGUAGCGGUGCAUGCGGGGCGGAGUCAACGCGUCCAACUCCACAACAUCCAGCAGAAUAAUCUCCAGCUCAGGACCCGAUGAGUGCGGAGGAGCAGGAAUGCAUGGCGUUGCAUGGCGUUAUUGUCUUUAGGCCUGUGAGAGGAUCUUUGACCAUACGGGUUUACUGCGCAAUGAAGGAUUCCGACAGCAAGUAACUUGAGCUGCACGCGCAUUAUGAACUCCGCUCCUUAUGUAGGCUAUAGUAGAUGUGGAUAUGCACGCUUCUAAACGAGUACCAAUAUACUGGACACGUGUAGGUCUUCCUUUGUUAGCCAGUGUUUUACCGCAGUGCCUGUCCCAAGGAGCCUUCAUGAACAACCCCCUUCAGUGACCUCCAUUGACUUUGCUGGAAAUGCUGUGCCGAGUAAUGAAUUUGUUCUUCUAUCUGCAUCCAUCCUCUUAUUGCCAGCAUGCCUGGAUGCAGAUGAAUCCAUGCGUUGCUUUCACAGCUGGACUGAUAAAGCAACGUGCCGCAACUUGUGGCUAGAAGUCACAUGUUCACGCUAAAUAAAGAGCUACUGUUUUGAAUGGUUCCUUAUAUCCCAAUGGUGUGCUGUCAAAUCCUGCACGUCGAAAAACAAUCCAGUGCAGUUUAUUUUACUCUUUUUGUAGGGCACUGUGAAGUUGGCCUUCUCUGUCAGGGACUUCUGGGCACUAAUUUUGCCUAAAACAGAUGCCUCAACCUCAAGUUGCUUCAGUAAUUGACUCUGGUUGUUUGCUAGAGAGGGCCAGGCUCUGACCUCAUGGCAUGGGUCAAACUGUUUAAAAAGCCUGGGGGUAACAUGGCUGGAACCGGUGCCUGGAGUGGGUCAGGACUGGGCAAGUCCUACCAGCCGGGAAGUAUGAUCUCUCUCGCUUUGACCAAAGGUCUUCUCAACGAGCCAGGCCAGAACAGCUGCUUUCUUAACAGUGCUGUGCAGGUUCUUUGGCAGCUUGACAUCUUCAGGAGGAGCCUGCGACAGCUCUCUGGCCAUUUCUGCUUGGGCGAAGCCUGUAUUUUCUGCGCUUUAAAGAGCAUCUUCUGUCAGUUCCAGCAGAGUGGAGAGCGGGCACUGCCGUCAGAUACCCUGCGUCACGCUCUGGCCGAGACCUUUAAAGAUGAGCAGCGCUUCCAGCUGGGCCUCAUGGAUGAUGCAGCCGAGUGUUUUAGUAACUGUGGGCAGAGUAUAAAAAUCCGCCGUGUGCUGAUGAACUGCCCAGAGAUCGUCACCAUUGGCUUCGUGUGGGACGCUGAACAGUCUGACCUCACUGAAGAUGUCAUCCGCUCUCUGGGUCCAAACCUCAAUCUCUCGGGGCUGUUUUAUAGAGUCACUGAUGAAAACGCCAAGAAGAGAGAUCUCCACCUGGUGGGAAUGAUCUGUUACUCUAGUCGACAUUACCUAGCAUUCGCUUUUCACAGCAAGUCUUCCAAAUGGAUCUUUUUUGAUGAUGCAACCGUGAAAGAGAUUGGCUCCAAGUGGAAAGAUGUGGCAUCUAAAUGUAUCCGGGGUCACUUCCAGCCGCUCCUCUUGUUCUAUGCCAAUCCGGAUGGCACCGCAGUGUCCAGUGAAGACGCCCCCAGACAGACCACCAUGUGGUCCCGUUAUAACACCCCCCUCGAUGGGAAAGGGACAGACGCUCAUCUGUCAGGCUCUAAGAAACUGGACAGUAUCAGAGAUGCGAGUGCUGGUUCCCAUCGAACAAAUCUGGCAUCCCACAAAUCAAUGCAGUCUUCAACCAAUCGGUUUAAAGUGCUUCCAGAAAGUCCCAGAGAGUCUUCCAGAGAUUUUUCUCACCGAGGAGUAGGACAGAGGAGAGAGAGUGAAAGAAGCUACCGAAGAGCAGACUCUCUCCAACACAAAGAUAUGACAUAUCCUCGAUCAUCUUCUCCCCCUGAGAAUGGCCCGAGGUUUCAUUCGGACCAGAGACACAGAACUCUCCCCUCACGAGUCUCUCGAGCCGAGCCUUCUUCAGCCCAUCCUCGCACUCCACCGCAGGAGUCCCGCUCUGACCAGGCAGCGGCCACUGGCGCCAGUCCUCAUGUUGAAUCUUCAUCUGAGCGUGGCAAGGCCAAGCCGUCAUGGAGACCAGUGCGAGAGGUCCUGAAUGUAGACAGCGUGCUGAGCGAACUGGAACACCGUCAGCAGCAGCAGCUCGGGAGCCCUCGAUGUGUCCAUCGCUUUGGCCAUGAGAGAGGACUGAUGAAGGACAAACAAAAAGGUCUGAUGACUAUUUACGAAGAUGACUUGCGUUUGGAGACUGAAAGUCAAAGCUCCCAGGAGUCUCAGCGACAGACGAUAGUGACGAGGCCUAAAGAUGGAGCGCAUGUAGCACAGCGGAGCGAUAACUGGACGAUCCAGAGGACAGAAUCAGGAUACGAGAGCAGCGAUAGGUUGAGCAAUGGUUCCACCAAUCCUGACUCUCCAGGUGUGGAGAACUUCACGGGCAAAGAGCUCAGACUCCGUCAAGAUGCACAGCACCUCAGGGAUCAAGGCCAUAGUAAUCAAGGUGAUGCCAAAACGGAGGCAGUGCGUUCUCCACUGUACCACAGUAAGCAUUUGGUUAAAAUUCAGGGAAAUAACUCGGAACAUCUCAUGAAGGGCAGCCCAAGUUCAAGAAGGAAGCUGAGAUACUCCUCCUGUGGUGCGAGGAAAGGGAGCAACGCAGAGAAAGACCCAUCAGCCGGUGAACUUCAAGCAGAGCAGCAAGAAGUUUCCAUGCGAUGGCACCACAGCCCAGAAAGCCCUCUCCUGCGCCGCCUGGACAAGAUCAACAGUUCAGAGUGUAACAGUUCUGAUGAACUCACGAACCCUCUUUCAGAGCAGGCGGACAGUGCGUAUCGUUCCAGCAUCAGUGAAGCCGCUCCGCACGAGUCUCCAGCUCCUCCGCAGCCGAGAGAGGAGCCAGCCACAGCUCCAUCCAUGCAAACUCACUCCAAACAUGCUCAGCGACCCAUCGAGAUAAAGACGCCACCCUUCCGUCAUGCCACCAGGCGAAUGGAAAUCAACGACAUGUGCCCGAGCUCAUCAGACGCGAGCUCAAAAUCGGGUUCGGACCAGGAGAGAGGGGAGCAGGUGUCUUGUGGUUGGGAUAAGCCAUCGGCUUCAGCAUCUGGAGUAGCACUGACGACUUAUUUCUCGGUGGAUAAUUGUAUGACAGACACCUACAGACUAAAGUAUCACCACCAGAGGCCGCUAGUCCUCUCCAUGCCUGAGCCCAGAGGAGCUGUGAAGGACGGGAGAGACACGGGACAAUCUGAGCGUGCCAAAAAUAAGCCCGACUCUGGCAAUAGCAACAGUAAGCCCACUGCUAAAUGGCACCCUGUCGCUUCAAAAGGGCUGGAUGAACAUGGAUAUUUGUGAAAGUUAUGGUCCUGGUGACCCACUGAGCCCUAAUGCAAGAGAAUUGCCAAAGAAGUUGAACAAAUAUGGAUCAUAUUUGUGAUGUUCAAGUAUCUUCUAAGAGCCAUCCACAGGGGGGCAGUAUGCACUUUGGCUUGAAUCAGUAAUUGCUUGUGAACCGGAAUGACCACUUGAAUAUCGACUGAAUAUUGUGACAGCUAAUACAGUAUAUAUACAUCUAAAAGAAACAGACAAAGAGUGUGUCCUCGACUUUAAUUUCAAUGCAAAUGGACCUUUGUACAUGCUCCCUAGAGGUUGUGUGUGGAGUGCCUUCAUGCAAUUUUUUUUCAUGAUUCAGAGUAAACAAAUAAUGUAAAAUGAUAUCCGCUAUAUAUUUUUGGAGAUGUCUAUGCAGUUAUUUUUAUUCUUUGUUUAAUAAACCUCAAAUGUUCAA